AAGGUGUUUUGUUUGUCUGGAAGCGAGACGUCGGUGUCCGUAACGUUGCUGGUUUUCUUUUUGUAGUCUGAUUUCCUGUAGACCCUGCCAUGUAUUGGAAUAAAUGACCAAACUAUAAAACUAGCUAGCCAGCUAUGGGUAACUGUAGCUAGCUACCUGGCAGGAGUGCUAGUUAGAUACGUUAGCUUACUAGGUACAUUAAUAGCUUUAGGUCGGUUGUUUUUAAGCUCAACUUCAAGAUUUCCACCAAGGACGUUGCCUCUCCGAUCAUCACUCUCUCUCUCGCUUAGGCAAGGGACAUUUAAGUUUUUCACUUCUUAACCACGUCCGUCAACAAUCACCCACAACGAAGAUGGCGGCUUGCAGGGAGACGAGACGUAACUGGACAAUUCACUGUGCAUUUGCUGUGUUUAUCUUGUUACAACUAUUUCCUCUCAACUGUAUUUCGGCACCGCUGGAACCUGAAAACGAUUCAGUUGAGGUUCAACCACCUCUGAAUCCAGGAGUUGUUGGUUUGGAUCACUCCUUGCCUUUGGCAACCACCAGCAAGGGUGCAGCAACAGCCGACAGCACUGGUACAACAGACAGCAAGGCAGACACCGUAACCAAUGACAAAGCUAGAACAUCUAUCGAUGUUGAUAAAACAGCAGUCAUUAAGGCUGUAACAUCAGACCUAAAGGAUGCUGCUGCUACACCCAAUGAGAGUGCUAUGCCUAUCAAAGACGCUACCACACCCAUCAAGGAUGCUACCACACUCAUCAAGGAUGCACCCAUUGAUGGCGUUACAGCAUAUGUCGCACUGGCCACCAAAGGGGAGUUUAUAGCUGAAUCCCCUGCCAUUAUUAAUAAAACAACUGUUGGCAAGGAAGCAGGACGGACUACUCAAGAACUACUUCCCAAUGCCACUGAUGCAGAUGCUGCUGCCACCUUUACAAUGGCUGCAGAUCCAGCCAUCAGCACCAUCACAUCCAAGCCCACCCUGGAGAGACCAAGCUCUGCCUCCAACACCAAGCUUGUCGGUCACAUGAACCCUACAGAGGAUGAUCAAGGGGACAAUCUAGAGUCCCAGGCAGAGACUGACGUGUACGACAGAGAAAAUGACGAUGACGGCGACUAUGACCUGGGGCCAGCAGUUAAGGCUCCUUUGAACUUCAACGACGAGGAGGAUGACAUCAUGGUGGACGCAGACAAUGAACCGGUGGUGCUCAGACCAGCAGAGAAUGCUGGGAAGAUAGACGUGCGUAUGAAGGACACCAACAUCUACACCAUCCAGGAUGAGGACUCUCACUUCUUCUUCCACUUGGUCAUCCUGGCCUUCCUGGUGGCCAUUGUAUACAUCACCUACCACAACAAGAGGAAGAUCUUCCUCCUGGCCCAGAGUCGGCGCUGGAGGGACGGCCUGUGCUCUCGCAACAAUGUGGAGUACCAUCGGCUGGACCAGAAUGUCAACGACGCCAUGCCUUCCCUCAAGAUGACUCAAGAUUACAUUUUCUGAGCAGAGAAGGAAGGCGUAAAGACUGACCUGAAUUGAACAAACCUGUUUCCGGCUGCAUUGUUGACAUGCUUCGCUUGCCCACAAGCUUGCCCCACUUCCUCUUGCUUCAGGACAAUCCUGGACAGGAGGGAGUUUGAUGGCUACUUCAUCUCUGUAAUCGAUAACCUACACGUUUUCAAUGUUCAUCUACGUACGAUGGAAAUAUUACUUUGUUUUGUUAACCAUACUCUGAGUUUUGAAAUUAUUUAUUUGGGUGACAAUUACACUGGUCUAUAUGAAAAACAUUCCACCAUGUUUAAGCCUUACUGUCCUUAAUAUAGUUUUGCUCUCCUUUUUUUUUUCUUCAGAUUACACACACAGAAAAUGUGGAUGUAUAGAUUGUCAGAAUCAAUAUCAAGAUAAAUAUGUUGUGAUACUAUUAGCUAUUUGUAGUUAUUAGCCACAAAGCAUUUGUAGUUGUAGAAGUUAAUAUUGUAGGACCUGGUUUCUACUUGUCAACUAAUCAAGCCCUUGACAAGAUGAAUCAGGUGGUGGUGGGGGGGGGGGGGGGGGGGGGGGGGUGUACUGAAGGACUGGAGUUGGGAAAACUAUACUACAAUUAUAGACCUUAAUAAAAAAUGCAGAUUCUUUUUUUUUUUUUUUACAGCAAUACUGACAAUUAUUUAUGUUGUGGUUCUUUCUUACGCUAAAUCCAUCCUCCCUUGACUUUUGUAGACAUGCAUGAACACACCACCACAUUGAUAUGGUGGCAGUUAUUCCUUGUAAUUGUAUUUUUCCAUAAUCUGGCAUUGUACUGGUCUUAACACUUUGCCCAGCUUGCUACACUUAUCCCAGGACUGGUCCUCCUUUCUAUUUGUUUGGUCCUUCAUUCUUCUCUUUUUAUCAGAAAUCUGCACUCUUCAUGUGGCCUAAUGUGCAUGUAAAGCACCACUUGGACGCCGAUUACCUUAGAUCAAUCAGCUCUCUGUCCCCGCUCUGGGGGCAUGUGCAUCUCAAAUGGCACCCUAUUCCUUAUGUAGUGCACUACUUUUGACCAGGGCCCUAUGGCUUUGGUCAAAAGUAGUGCACUGUGUAGGGAAUGGGUUACCAUUUGGGACGUAGCCUCAUUCUGGAGGAAACGAUAACCACCGUUGCUCACUCGUCAUUACCUUAACGAGCCUUCAGUUCUAAUGCCAUUAUCCUGUGACAUGAAUCCAGAAUUAUCAAUUCUCAUGCACUUGUCAAUUGCUGUUAAAUUUCCACUGUCUUUUCAGUACAGAGAAGAAGCAUUAGCCUGAGUGCCAGUCUGUUUAUGCUAACGUGCCAACUUGUCACUCAUUGUCAUGACGAGUAUGUUUGCCUUGACAAUGAGCGAUGGCAUUGGAAAGGGCACAAAGGCUGCGUCUACACAAGCAGCCCAAUUCUGAUAUUUUUUCCACUAAUUGGUCUUUACACCAAUUACAUCAGAUCUUUUUCAGAGCUGAUCUGAUUUGUCAAAAGGCCAAUUUAAUCAACAAAAUAUCAGAUUUGGGCUUCCUGUGUAAACAGCCUAAAUCUGGGACGAGGCUAAAACAUUGUAAAUAGGUGGUGGAUUUCAGCUGUCAGGAGCUGUGCGCACUCUGGUGUCACGACAAUCGCUAAAGCAUGAGAUGGAGAUGUCAUGCAUGAAACAGAUACGGUGUUGUGUAGCUUUCAUAUAGCAUGUGGUGGAUGAACACUGCUUUUGCAAUCAACUGUAGAGAUUCUAUAAAACACAAUUGUAUAUGGGUCCCUUUUUGACUCUUGGUAAUGCUUCAUUUGCUACUAAAUAAAUGUUAAUCUGUUUGUAA